AUGGAUUCUCAAGAUGUUCAAAUGUAGCUCAAACUAGAUCAGGUAAUGAAUCAUUAGAUUUUAAUGUUGUAUUUAGCCUACUUUUUCUAUGACAACAAUGAUUUAGAAGAUGUCUGUGAUGCAACCUCACAACUACUUCCUCAACAAAUCUAUGAUCUUGACUGUAGUAUUGCUUGUCCUGCUGGAGAAUAUUUAGACUUAGAUCCUUAGAUUUAAUCUUCCAAAUGCAGUUUAUGUCCGGCAAACACUUAUAGCUUGCCAGGUGGAUUACUAAUUGAUGGUGUUACUGGUGAUUGGAUAAAUAUUAAAAACGAAAUUGAAGCUUAAAACAACACUAUUCCUAUUGACUUCGAGUGCUUUUAUGAAAAUUAAAACUACCAAUGGAUUAGCAACACCAACUGUGAACCUUGGAUUGCCACCUAGAAGUCAAUUAAGGGUGGAAAAUCAGUUUUAAUGAAUGCGAAUGUUGCCUUCAAGAUUACUUUGACUUCUUACUUUGAACAAAAUGCAACAGUUGAGUUCAGAUAUAAAAAAUAAACUAACCAAGGAUUAUUUUCCAAUGGAGAAUUUAAAUUUGUUGUUAAUGGCCAAAAGAUUUUAGUAGAUUAUGAUUAUACAAAGUCUGAUUGGAUAACAUUUAAAUAUAACAUAACUGAUGGGCCUGGCAAGUAUACGCUGAUCUGGAUAUACUCAAAGUAUAAUGAUGAGUCAGGCCAAAAUUUAAUGGCCGAGAUCGAAUACAUUAGUAUUGUUCAACAUAACAUGCCAGCCUUGGAAUGUCUUCCUUGCAAAAGAGGAUAAAGUUAGCCAGGAUCAAGUAGAUGCUCAUUAUGCAAAGCCAAUUAUUAUUCAGACUCUGAAACAAGAGAAUGCAAGAAAUGUCCUGAUGGAAAAUAUUCUUAUGCAGGAGCAAUUGGAGAUCAUAGUUGUAUCCCGAAAUAGCCAUGUUCUGCUGAGGAUGUGUAUAGCGUGUAUUCUGGUGAAUGUGGACUUAAUCAGUAGAGAUCUGUUUCAUAUCAGUGGUAUCAACCUAAAAUCUGUGAUGAUCAAGAUCCUAAUUCAAUUGACCUACCUGAAAGUAAAAACAUUCCAUGCAGAAACUGUUAAAGAGGCUAGUUUGAGAAUAAAUCAACUGGCUAUUGUGAGUAUUGCCCAAAGGGUUUCUAUUAAGAUGUCGACUAUCAUAACAAUAGUACAUAAACUGGAGCAUCUGAAUGCAAAUAAUGCCCUGCCGGUCAUGCAGCUCCGCUAGUGCUAGAGUAUGACCACUUUGAGAAAGUACCUGAGUAAUUCUCAAAAGUAUGCGAGUCAAACUUUACUACAAAUGUAGAUCUUAGUGAUGUUUGCGAUAGAUAUAUUGGGUGGAAAACUACAGCAAAUCAUGAUAUACUAGUCAUUGAUUAACCUCUGCCUUCAGGUUUUAAAUCUAUUUUAGAAACUAAAGUAGAAAUAAUUGAUGAUUUAUUCGGCUAGCUGACAGUUGAUUUUUCAGUAAAAGAUUUCCAAUUAGAUAGUGAAAAAUUCUCAAUCGAAAUCGAUGGAAUCUCAAGAUAUGAAACAACAAUUGAAUCAGACAAUACUAAUAAAAUUCAAUCAAUUUUAUUGUACUUGCCAUCAGGCCAAAGAAAGAUCUAACUAAUUUAUGAGAACAUGAAGCAAUUAUCUUUUGUUCUAGAUAAUGAAGGUCAAUUAAUUAUACAAAAUUAAACCCAGGGAGUUCUUUCAAUACACAAGAUUCAAAUUUAAGGUACUUCAUAUGGUGGGGCUGUUGCUUGUCAUAAAUGCUAGGAUGGAUACGUCACUUCAUAAUCCAAUCCAAAUACUUGCGAUGUUUGUGGUUAUGGUUUUGAGCCAAACCAAGAUUAAUCUGCUUGCUAAGGAUGUGUUGAUUCUUAUUUCAAUAAUAUUAUUGGAGGCAAUUGUAGAAAAUGCCCUGCUUACACAACAUCUAGAGCAGGUUCCUCUCAGUAUAAUUAUUACCUUCUGUCUACAAUAAUGGUCUGCAACAAAUAAAUGAAUAUGAACUAUUGUGAUAAUAACAUAAUGGGACCAAUUUUCCCAGAAAGUAGCAGCAAUUACAACUAAGAUGUUUUUUUCAUCUCAAACUUCAGUAAAAAUAAAAUUAACAAAUUAAAUAUAGAGAGAUUCGACUUGAGACAAUAUGAAUAUCAUGAAACCUAGGAUUCUGUAAGAUUUGGACAUAUCUUUGCCUUGUUCCAUUUGAACCAAGCUACUAUGGAAGAGUUUAAAAAUGAACAAGCAGUUCAAGGAAUUGUUGAUCAAUCAACUUAGUGUCUGUCUCAGCUCAAAACAUUUAAGCUAAAAAAAGUAGUCGGACAGAUAGUUUAAAAUAUCACAAAUUUCACUGAGAAUGGAUAUUCCAUCUACUUUGAAGAAGGGGAUAUGUGCGAUAAGAAAACCAAUACAAGAUAUUCAAGCUAAAUAGACUAUGUUUGUAGAAAUGACACUGAUGAGGAAGGUUACCCAACCUAUAAGUAUAGGAUAGGCAAAUGCCACUAUGUCUUUGAAUGGGUUAGUACCAAAGCUUGCUCUCAAUGCAAAUUAAAUCAAGUUAAAUAAGUGGUGUCAAACUGUGAGAAUGGAAAGAGAUAUAUUAGUAAUAUUCCUAUUGAUAAAUGUAUCAUUGAAUUCACUGAUAAUGAGUACUUAACUAUUAAUAAUAAUGAUAGUCCGCUCGCAUUAAGACAUAAAUUUGUAGUCCUGACUGAAAAAACAGAGGAGUGCCAAAUUAAGGACGACUUCUUAAUCAAUCCUAUGCUAUAGGGAUUACUAAUUUUCAUCAGUAUAUUCUUCACACUAUUCUUCAUUGGCACUAUUUGCUUCUACAGGAAAUACAGAAAUUUAAAGGUUAGAUAUCAAAAGCUUUCUGAAGAUGAUAAUGGAGGUGGUGAAAUAGAAAUGUAGCAAACUAAAUGA